AUGCCAUUUCGAUUGUUUCGCGAUCCAACUCUUCUGCCCAGUCAUCCAAAACUAGCAUCUUCUGAGGCUGGAUUAAUAUAUAUUGUCAAGGAUAACAGCGCAGAACCACCCUCCUGGCCGACCCAACCUACCUUUCGAGGUGAAGAGUCCCUUCAGGUCAUUCGAUAUUACGAGACUGGUGGAACUUGGGAUAAUCGCGUCCAGGAAGUAGGCCCAAUCGAAACAAAUAUCAAAUAUAAGCGGGUUCGAGGUAGCAAAGCUGCAGUAGGGGAGGAGCGGGAGGGACUAUACAAGCCAGCGGAGACAUUACGCAUGCGGGAGAAACAAUCAAAACCCUCUCCCUCUCACUCUCAAUUUGAAAAUGGAUACCAGGACCCUGCUUUUUGCGAUGCCAGUACAGUGUUUGGGGAUGAGAGUGGUUCGUCUCAUUCCAAGCAGUGCGAGCUUCGCAGAGUUCCCGUUUCUCGAGUACCUCUUGGCCAAGGUUCCUUGCUCAAAUAA